AUGGAUAUGUUAUAUGCUUAUCUCUUCUCCCUCUUGUUUGUUGCAGUGUCAUUCACAAUUCAUAUGAUCUUCUUCAUGUCUAAGCCACAUGUAGUUUCAGUGAAGCUCCCACCGGGCAGAAAAGGUUGGCCGGUUGUUGGUGAGAGUAUCGAGUUUCUAGCAACUGGCUGGAAAGGUCACCCUGAAAAGUUCAUCUUUGAUCGCAUGGAUAAAUUCUCAAAUCAUGUCUUUAGGACCUCUCUCAUGCUAGAAGAUACUGCGGUUUUUUGUGGGUCAGCUGGGAACAAGUUCUUGUUUUCUAAUGAGAACAAACUUGUCCAAGCAUGGUGGCCAGCUUCUGUUGACAAGAUCUUCCCUUCUUCAAACCAAACAUCAAAGAUAGAAGCGAUCAAGAUGCGGAAAAUGCUUCCAAAUUUCUUCAAGCCUGGGGCGUUGCAACGAUACGUCCCAGAAAUUGACAAGGUCACACAAAAACAUUUUGAAACAUUUUGGGAAGGCAAGGACCAAAUUGUGACCUAUGAGUGCACAAAAAAUUUCACUUUUUGGCUUGCAUGCAAAAUCUUUGUUAGUAUUGAUGAUCCCGAACGGGUCAGGUUUUUAUGUGGCCCGUUCGAGAGCAUUGGGAAAGGGAUUCUGUCAAUCCCUAUAGACCUUCCUGGAACAUCGUUCCGGAAAGGUAUUAAUUCAGCUAAAUUCAUUAGAAAAGAACUCAUUGCAAUCAUACAACAAAGAAAGACAGAUUUAGCAACUGGGAAGGCUUCACAUACACAAGAUAUAUUGUCACACAUGCUAGUGUAUAAGGAUGAAGAUGGGAAAUCCAUGGAGGAAUACGAUAUCGCAGACAAGAUACUCGGAUUGUUGAUUGGUGGCCAUGACACUGCAAGUUCUGCUUGUGCCUUUGUUGUUAAGUAUCUUGCUGAGUUGCCUGAGAUUUAUGAGGGAGUCUACAAAGAACAAACCGAAAUUGCAAAACUAAAAAAACCGGGAGAAUUGUUGAACUGGGAGGAUUUGUCGAAGAUGAAAUAUUCUUGGAACGUGGCAUGUGAAGUUCUUAGAUUAGCUCCACCGUUGCAAGGUGCAUUUAGAGAGGCUAAUACUGAUUUUAUGUACAAUGGCUAUGUAAUUCCAAAGGGUUGGAAGUUAUAUUGGAGUGCAAACUCAACUCAUAAGAACGCUGAGUUUUUUCCCGAACCACAAACCUUUGAUCCAUUAAGAUUUGAUGGCAAAGGUCCAGCACCAUACACAUUCGUACCGUUUGGAGGAGGGCCUCGUAUGUGCCCUGGAAAAGAGUAUGCGCGGAUCGAAAUACUAAUGUUCAUGCAUCAUCUCGUAAGAAAGUUUAAGUGGGAGAAAGUAAUUCCAGAUGAGAAACUUGUUGUCAAUCCAAUGCCUAACCCGGCCAACGGGCUUCCAAUUCGCUUAUAUCCUCAUCAGGUCUCAAGCACAUGA